CGCUGCAAGAUGGCUAUACUGUGAUCUUCUAAGUAGACAGCUCAAUAUCGCAAAUUUCUGCGAGAUCGCAAACAGCAAGAUGGCUGGCACAAUUGUACGUUGUAUUCAACUCCCAAGGAGACAAUUGGGUUUCCUUGGGUCACCGUUGUGUAGCCAGCAGCAAAGAACAUUUGCCGAUGCCGCGCCCGAAGGGAAGAAAAAGGGUGGCCCCCUGGCUGACCAGGAUCGUAUCUUCACAAAUUUGUACGGUAGACAUGAUUGGAGAUUACAGGGUGCUCUGAAAAGGGGAGAUUGGUAUAAGACCAAGGAAAUUAUAGAAAAAGGUGCAGACUGGAUCAUUAAUGAGAUUAAAGUAUCUGGUCUCAGAGGCCGUGGAGGUGCAGGUUUCCCAUCUGGCAUGAAAUGGUCCUUUAUGAAUAAGCCCUCUGAUGGAAGACCAAAAUAUCUGGUAGUUAACGGUGACGAGGGUGAGCCUGGCACCUGCAAAGAUCGUGAAAUUCUACGCCACGAUCCACACAAGCUAGUAGAAGGUUGCUUAAUUGCUGGCCGUGCUAUGGGAGCUUGUGCAGCUUACAUAUAUAUUCGUGGUGAAUUUUAUAACGAAGCGUCAAAUAUGCAAGUCGCCAUUGCAGAAGCUUAUCAGGCAGGCCUGAUUGGCAAGAAUGCUUGUGGCUCUGGCUAUGAUUUUGACAUUUUUGUGCAAAGAGGAGCAGGAGCGUACAUUUGUGGAGAAGAAACUGCUCUCAUUGAAUCUAUCGAAGGAAAACAGGGAAAGCCUAGGCUAAAGCCACCUUUCCCAGCCGAUGUUGGAUUAUUUGGUUGCCCUACCACUGUCACAAAUGUCGAAACCGUCGCUGUUGCUCCUACUAUAUGCCGACGAGGCGGAGCGUGGUUUGCGUCAUUCGGUCGUAUACGUAAUCACGGAACUAAAUUAUUUAACAUCUCGGGACACGUGAACAAUCCAUGCACUGUGGAAGAAGAGAUGUCCAUUCCUCUGAAGGAACUCAUUGAAAGGCAUGCUGGUGGAGUAAUCGGUGGAUGGGAUAACCUGUUAGGUGUGAUUCCGGGUGGAUCUUCCACUCCGGUUAUUCCCAAAAGCGUAUGCGAUACAGUGUUAUUAGACUUCGAUGAUCUCGUUAGAGUGCAGAGCUCAUUUGGUACCGCAGCUGUAAUCGUGAUGAACAAACAGACUGAUAUUAUUAAAGCUAUUACGCGUCUUAUCAGUUUUUAUAAGCACGAAUCUUGCGGUCAGUGCACUCCGUGCCGUGAAGGAAUAAGUUGGAUGUAUAAAAUCAUGAGAAGGUUCGCCCAAGGACAAGCGGAGAUACACGAGAUAGAUAUGCUAUGGGAGUUGACCAAGCAGAUUGAAAUGCAUACUAUUUGCGCUUUGGCGGAUGGUGCAGCGUGGCCAGUUCAGGGAUUGAUCAGACAUUUCAGGCCGGAAAUAGAAGCACGUAUUAAAGAGCGCAAGCAAGCAGUGUCCAAUUAAAAUAAAGGUAGAGAAACUAGAAACUAUUGAACGUUUCAAUAUUUAUUCACCGCAAAACAGUCGAUUGUAGAAAGAGCAAAUAUAUAUAUCUGUAAAAUAUUGUACUUAUUUACAGUAUAUAUAUAAGUCGCAUUUUGCAAAAUGCGGUGUUGUUGAAUUUCCUAUAUAAUUUUACCGAUAAAAAUCAUCUUCAACUUUCGGUAAUCUAGUAAAUAAAAUAGAU